AUACUACGAAAUGAGCUUAAAUGAAGAAGUGAAGAUUCAUAUAGCUGACCCCAACUUGUUUGGGACUGAGACUCUUUAUUAUUAUUUUGUGUGUGUAUAUAUAUAACUUGUUGAAUCCCCUCGAAAAUACCUAUUGUAGUAUUUUCUGCAUCCCUUUUAGAAUUUCUGGCUAAUUAAAAAGAAGGAUAUCAUUUUCGGGACAAGGUUAUUCUGAUUAUGCAUAUUGUUGUUCUGCAGAAAAUUCCUAAAGGUUUCUUGAAGUAUCUCAGGGGAUACGAGCAUAUUGAACACUCAGUACUGAAAAUAGUGGGGAAGAAGUGGCUGGUGAAAGUGAACGGCGGACGACUGGAAGAGGGCUGGAAAAAGUUUGCAAAGGAUUAUGAUCUGCAGUUAGGAUUUUUGUUGAUUUUCAGACAUGAAGGAAACAUGGAAUUUGAUGUUUCUAUCUUUGAUUCAAGUCAUUGUGACAGAGAAUAUGCUGAGUAUUUGCAGGAAGAAGGAGGAGGAGCAGUGCGUACUAACACAUCCACAUACAUGAGUAAAUCAAAUGCUACAGAAAAGCCAAAGCCUAAUGUCAUGUCAUCACACAAGGAUUUCCCCGAUGUAGAAGCAGCUAAGGACAUGCCUCUGGGUCGCCCUCAUUUCAUUUCUACCAUCAAGCCCAGUUGCUUUUCAAAGUAUUUGUUUCAUAUUCCAAAACUAUUUGCACGGGAAAAUGGCCUCAGGUACAGGAAAUGUAGGAUAACGAUGAGAGAUGAGCAAAGGUCGUGGGCGUUUAAGCUAUAUGACAGUGCAGGCAGCACAUUCAUUGGAGGUGGAUGGCGUAAAUUUUGCGCUGCUAAUUUGUUAAAGGAAGGAGAUCCCGUAAUGUUUGAGGUGUUUUCCAAGGGAGAGGAACCUGUACUCAAAUUUUAUGAUUUGAGAGCAAAUGCAUCACUUCCGCCUGAAGAAAAGAAGCCUAAUUUGGAUGCUAAAAGAGUUUCCACUCAAGGCCUCAGGAUUGAGAUCUCAGAUAUCACUGCUCCAAAAGCACAAGUACCUGCUCCAACAUCUGCUAACGUUAACCCUCAUUUUGUUUCUACUAUUCAGUCUUAUUCCAUCAACAGAUCCUACGUGUGUCUUCCAAUCACUUUUGCAAAAUCAAAUGGCUUGAUGGAUCGACGUGAGAUGAUUCUCAGAGAUGAGAAACAGAGAUCAUGGUCAGUGCAGCUAAGAUCAAGGGGGAGUCACUUUGCAAUUACCAGAGGAUGGCGAGAGUUCAGGGAAGCAAAUGAUGUCCAAGUAGGAGAUACUUACAAGUUUGAACUCAUCAACGGAAUAAUACCUGUAGCGUAUUUCCAUUGUAAAUAUUCUGUGAUGCCAACCAUGAGAGAAGCCCUUGACAAGGAGCAGUGA